AUGUUAGGUGUAAGUGACCUUAUGGCUCAGAAGCCUUGGGAAGGGAUCGAGAUAGGCACCGCCCGCUCUCCGAAUGCGUCAUGGUACGGGCCGUCAUCGCUCUUUUACUUCAUCGGGCGUAUGAAUAGCUACUUAGACUCGAGUCUUCACCAGACACAGUCUGGCUCGACCAAAGAAAUGGUUCUUCAUGGAACUGCAAACACUUUGCUGGGCUUUGAAACCUUGAAAACCCCGGAGGACUCGACACACCCCGCUCUUUCAGCCGAAAUUCCAUUACCCCCGGGGGAAUUCCUGAGUCCGACACAGGAGGAAUACUUUCUUGAGCUAUUCUGGAAGUCAUAUCACACUUGCCUAUUCCCAGCAAUCAAUGAAACCGAAUUCAUGGAUCACUAUCGCUCUCUAUGGAAUGACUCUGGAGAUUCAAGGCAGCCAUGUGCGCUCGUGGACAUUGUCAUCGCUCUGUCCAUGCAAUAUGGAGUAUCCCGCUUGACGCCGGAGCAACCAAAGCCUAUCGCCGACGGCGACCCCAGCAUUGCUGGCCGAUGGUAUUUCAGACGAGCCCAGAUGAUGCUAAACUAUUACCUUGAAAGCCCAACAGUAUCAACUGUGCAGUGCUUCCUACUAAGCGCUAUCUACCUGUGCAAUGGAUCAUUCCAAAACAUGUCCGCAGAUGCCUGCGGUAGUGCAAGCCGAGCUGCCUAUACUGCGGGGCUUCAUCUGGAUCCUCCAUCGUCAAUGCCCGAACCAGAGCGUGAACUGCGCAGGCGCUUAUGGUGGGCUUUAUAUCAAUUGGAUGCCAAAGUUGGAAUGAAACUUGGACGUCCAUUCACUCUUCAUAGGUCAUCUACCGAACCCAGGCUUCUUGAUGACAAACCUGACACUGCCAUGCAGUCGGGAUCCCGUUUUGCUUCCCUUGGGGGAAACAAGACGUGGCUCAGUUUUCAUUUUUACAAUGUCAAGCUUUUCACAAUUGCUAAGGAGAUUCAUGUGGCUUUCUACUCCAAGGAGUUGAACCUUCCGGAUGGCCAGUCUAUUUGGCACAACCCAGAGACACUUGAAUCUCACGCUAGGUAUCUGCAAUCCCAGGUGUCCAAGGUGGACCAAUGGCUAGAAGAAGUGCCCAGUUCACUGAAGACGAAAAGACAAGGGAAUGGCGCAACCUUCUCAACAGACGGCUCUCAAAUGGAGUUUGAACAAUUCGCUCCCGAAUGGCUCCAGCGCCAGCGCCUAAACCUGGAACUUCUAUACCAUACACUAUGCAUAAAUGUGUAUCGCCCCUUUAUCUCCUUUAUUCCAGGACGCCAGCCAGCUUUGACUCGCGAGCUAGCCACCAAAUGUGCUCUUCACGCAAUCACACUUACCAGCAUCACACACCAAGCAUUGUCAUCAACAACACUCCUAACUGGCUGGCACGAGUCUUUCCAAUGGCAAUGGAACGCAUCCAUGACUAUCGUCGGCUUCGUCCUCGCGAACCCACACAAUGAGUUAGUCUCCGAAGCCCGGCGAGCUGUCGAUGUGUCAAUUGCCAUAUUCGACAUGUUCGGCAAGUGCUUCGCUGUCGCGACUAGUGCUGCCCGAAUCCUGCGCGGCCUGGCUCCCAAAAUAGACUUCCUCUUGCAAUCCUAUUCAGCAUCGCAAGGCUCAGUUGUAGCUCCUGAUGGGAUUGACGGAGCGCCUGGUGAGGACUUGAAAUCGACUGAGAUCGGAUCGGAAUGGCUUGAUAAUCUCAUGUCGGAUGCUACCGCUUUUGAUCCUUCUUAUGUGAUGCCGAUGCAGGAGAUGUUUCAAAUGGCUUAUUCUAUUGAGCAGUGGAGUGAUUUGGAUUCUUUGAUGCCGAGUAUAGGGACGGAUCCGUGGAUUAUGUAA